GCUACUGUUAGCUAGCCGGCUGCUAACGAGCAAGCUAAAACAUUAGUUUGACUUCAUGUCGCCUGUCCAAUUAAGUGAUGGCAAAAGAACAGUGUUCACAAACCGAGGCUGAACUAUAUUACCUCAUUGCUAGAUUUCUGCAGUCUGGACCUUGUAAAAAAACAGCACAGAUUCUGAUUGAGGAGCUGGAAGAGUAUGAGUUGGUCCCUCAACGAUGGAGUUGGGACGGGGAAAAAUACAAACGGACCUUCCAAGACUGGGUGAUUUUGAACCAGCACAUUCCUGCAGACUAUCUGCUCCAGAUUUGCCACCGGAUAGGUCCGCUGAUAGAGAAGGAGAUCCCACCUAGUGUUCCUGGAGUCCAGUCGCUCCUGGGGCUUGGAAGACAGUCAUUGCUUCGUACAACCAAAAGUUGUAGCCACAAAGUAUGCAGUGGCUCAGCUGUUGCUGCUCUCCACAGAGGCCGUCCACCAGAACCUCCAGUCAUCAAUGGAAAUGCUCCAAAUAUUGUGUCCAUCAUGGGUGCUCGCCAGACCACAGGCACGGCCCGUUUUGGCCAUGUUCUGCCGUCUUCCACCUACCAACACAUGAAGAUACACAAACGUAUCCUUGGCCACCUUUCCUCGGUCUACUGUGUUGCUUUUGACCGCACUGGCCGACGGAUCUUUACAGGCUCUGAUGACUGUCUAGUGAAAAUCUGGGCCACAGAUGACGGCCGGCUCCUGGCAACACUUCGAGGCCACUCAGCAGAGAUCUGUGACAUGGCUGUUAACUACGAGAAUAGCCUCAUUGCCUCGGCAAGCUGUGACAAAAUAAUCAGAGUGUGGUGCCUGCGCACCUGUGCACCCAUCAUUGUUCUGCAGGCCCAUGCUGCCUCCAUCACAUCCAUACAGUUUUGCCCAGCAGCCAAAGGGACAACGCGAUACCUUGCCUCAACAGGUGCUGAUGGUAUGGUUUGUUUCUGGAAGUGGCACUCACUCAGCAUGAAAUUUAAUGAUCAACCAGUCAAGUUUGUGGAAAGGUCACGGCCAGGAGUCCAAGUGUCCACUUCUUCCUUCAGUAGUGGUGGCAUGUUUAUGGCUACUGGUGGUACAGAUCAUAUGGUCAGGGUCUACUACCUUGGUGCUGAAACUCCAAUGAAGGUCUCUGAGAUGGAUGCUCACACGGAUAAAGUUGUGGUUGUCCAGUUUAGCAAUAACAGCGACAGCCUAAGGUUUGUGAGUGGCAGCCGUGAUGGCACAGCCAGGAUCUGGCACUACCAGCAACAGGAGUGGAAGAGCAUUACUUUGGACAUGGCUGCAAGGCUGCCUGGAAGCACAGUUGCCAAUGGGGAUGAUAAGACCAAGCUGGUGGUGACCAUGGUAGCUUGGGAUCGGACGGAUAGCUCUGUCAUCACAGCAGUGUCAAACUACUUGAUCAAAGUGUGGAGUGCAACAUCUGGACAGCUGCUGCAUGUUUUGUCUGGGCACGAUGACGAGCUGUUUGUGCUGGAGGCCCACCCUUUUGACCCCCGCAUCAUGUUAUCUGCCGGCCACGAUGGCAACAUUAACAUCUGGGACUUAAACAAAGGAGUGAAGAUCCGCAACUUCUUCAACAUGAUUGAAGGCCAAGGCCAUGGUGCUAUUUUUGACUGCAAGUUCUCAGCCGAUGGGCAGCAUUUUGCCUGCACUGACUCGCACGGCCAUUUGCUCAUCUUUGGCUUUGGCUGUAGCAGACCAUAUGAGAAGAUUCCUGACCAGAUGUUCUUCCACACAGACUACAGACCUCUUAUUCGUGACUCUAAUAACUACGUUCUGGAUGAACAGACACAACAGGCUCCUCACCUCAUGCCUCCACCCUUCCUGGUGGACGUUGAUGGGAAUCCUCAUCCUUCUCACUACCAGCGCUUGGUUCCAGGAAGGGAGAACUGCAAAGAGGACCAGCUAAUACCUCAGCUAGGAUACAUGGCUAACAGUGAUGGCGAGCUGGUUGAGCAGGUACUUGGCCAGCAGACGGCAGAAAAUGGUGAAAGCUUAUUGGACAAUCUCAUCAGGCAGCUGCAGAAUGAGCAGGAUGAGCGUCAGAAUGCAGAACAACAGGCAGACAGGGAAGCGGGGGAAGAGGCUGCUGAUGAAGCAGAGGUAGUGCCUUCCUCUCCAGCUGUCGAAGCCCGUAGAAGUGGGCAGGUGGAUGGAGUGUGGCAAAUGCAACAUAAUUCCCUUCGUAGUCAAGUGGCCACCGCAAGGGACCUGCUGGCCUGGAGUCGCAGAGUGGUCGUUACUGAAGUGCCACAAGGGACGUUCAGAGUUUGGGAGGAGUGCAGACAAGCCAAAAGCGACAUGGAAUGUUUUCUUUACAAUGCGGAGAGGAGGAAGAAACCUAUAACCUGCCCAACUAAGAUUGAUCCUUUGGCUUCUCGACUGCGCUCCCUUCGGCCGACCAAGAAGAAGCAGCAGCGCCACGCCUAUCAGACCCGCUCAGCUCAAGUCCGCCGUCCUGGAACCAGGACUCGAAAUCCCAGCAACCAUCGUAACUCUGGGAGCCAGAUAGACUCAGACAGUGGAGAUGCAGCAGAGCAUGGGGAGCAGUCUGGAGUCUCCUCUGAUGGUGAAGCUCAGUGGCAGAGUGAGAGCAGCUCCAGCGACUCGUCUAGUGAAUAUUCUGAUUGGACAGCUGAUGCAGGAAUCAACCUGCAGCCACCAAAGCGACCAUCCAGGAGGCCUGUACAGCCCCCAGAUUACAGCAGCUCUGAGGAGGAAGAGGGUGGUGAUGAGGCCAAGGAGGAAAAGAAGAAGGAAAAUGAGAAAAAGAAAAAGAAGCCUAAAGAGCCCAAACAGAAACCCACGUCCUCUCUGGCUGAACUUAAUGCAGACGAGUGGCUUCCACCCUCAUGGAUAAUGGAGACCAUUCCACACCGCUCUCCUUUUGUUCCACAAAUGGGAGAUGAACUCAUUUACUUCAAGCAGGGCCAUCAGGCCUACGUGCGGGCUGUUCGCAGGGCCAAGGCCUACAGCAUCAACCCUCAGAAGCAGCCGUGGAACAGACUUAAUCUCAGGGACCAAGAAUCUGUGAAGGUGAUUGGGAUUAAAUAUGAAGUGGGACCACCCACCCUCUGCUGCCUAAAGCUGGCUUUCUUGGACCCAGUCUCAGGGAAGAUGACCAAUGAGUCUUUCUCCUUAAAGUAUCAUGACAUGCCCGACGUCAUAGAUUUUCUUGUGCUGCAGCAGUUUUACAACGAAGCUAAAGAGCACAACUGGCAGCCAGGUAUGAGGUUCCGCAGCAUCAUUGAUGACGCCUGGUGGUUCGGAUUUGUGGAAGAUCAGGAGCCCCUGCAGCCAGAGUAUCCCGAUAGCCUGUUCCAGUGCUAUGCCGUAAAGUGGGAUAAUGGGGAGCGGGAAAAAAUGAGUCCCUGGGACAUGGAACCUAUUCCAGAGGAAGCUGCUUUGCCAGAACAGGUUGGUGAUGGUGUGGAGGUGGCAGAGGAGGAGCUUAAAGCUCUUCUCUACAGGCCUCAGGAAGGAGAAUGGGGGGCUCACACGCGAGACGAAGACUGUGAGAGAGUCAUCCAUGGCAUCGAGCAGCUUCUCACACUAGAUGUAGCCAAGGCAUUUGCGUCACCUGUAAACUUGCGGGACUACCCCCUGUACUGCACUGUGGUGGCUUACCCUACUGACCUCAGCACUAUCCGCAAACGACUGGAGAAUCGCUUUUACAGGCGGAUCUCUGCAUUAAUGUGGGAGGUGCGUUACAUUGAGCACAAUGCACGCACUUUCAAUGAACCCCAGAGCCCAAUUGUAGCAGCUGCUAAGGUGGUUACGGAUGUUCUGCUCCACUACAUUGGAGACCAGAGCUGUACAGAUAUCUUGGACCUGUAUCACAAACUGAAGUCUGAGGUCAGCAGUGAAGGAGAAGCAGAGAUUGACUUGGAUGUGGACUCUGACACCCCGGGGACAUCUACAGGGCAUCGGGGAGCCACAGGGAAGCGAGGUGUGCUUUUGGAUGCAAAAGCAUGGCGAAGUCAAUGUCGAGAGCUGCUGCGUCGGAUGUUGACCUCUCCAGAUUCAGCACCAUUCAGACAGCCUGUGGAUCUCUUUGAAUAUCCAGACUACCGGGACAUCAUCGACACUCCAAUGGAUCUAGGUACAGUGUCAGAGACCCUGGUGGCAGGAAACUAUGAAAAUCCAAUGGAGUUUGCCAAAGAUGUCCGUCUCAUUUUCAGCAACUCUAAAGCUUACACGCCUAACAAGAAAUCUCAGAUCUAUACUUUGACCCUAAGCUUGUCGGCCUUCUUUGAAAAACACAUCAUCUCCAUCAUCUCUGACUACAAGUCUGCUAUUCAGAACGAACGUCGGGCUCGUCAGAGGUUCAGCUAUAGAAACAGAUUGCACAAUGGAGGCAGCUCCGCACCUAACAGUCCAUCCCCCAGUCGUAAAGGCAAGUACAAGUCAGGAAAGGUGUCGGAACCAAAAAACUCCCAAACCUCAACUAGGAGGCGUUCUCAGAGACCGUAUCAAGCUCAGCAAAGCAGCAGUGUAGCAGAGGAAGAGGACAGUCAGCCUUCUUCUCCAAGUUCAGGGACAAGCGUGGAGAGCAGUAAUCAAGGGCCACAUCGAGUGACCCGCAGCCAAGCAACUCCAGUGAAGAAGUCAGGGAACCGGCGUAACUUGCAAAUAAAUAAUGGGUCAAGACGGCGUCAAGGGCAAGAAAGGCUGCAGUCCGACAAUGACGCGGAGGCAUCUAGCUCCAACAGCUCUUCGUCAGAGUCAUCCUCAAGUUCUUCAUCUUCAUCCUCCUCCUCAUCCGACAGCGAGAACAGCUCUGAUUCUGAUGCUGAGAAAUACGCAGAUGGAGGAGGAGAUCACGACUACAGCAAAGCCCCCUGCUUGUCGGUGCAUCUGUCAGCGAAGGGAAAGGUGGCGGCCUCAGGGAAAAGGAGACACAAAGGAGGGGAGGACACGGAGCAGAGACCUAAACGAGCACGAGUACAACCUCCGGUGGUGAACGAGGAGGAGGAGGAUGAUGAUGAAGAGGGAGAGGAAGAGGAGGAGGAAGAGGAGGAGGAGGAGGAGGAAAGCCCACAGCAACCAGUUGAUAUAAGACAUGUAAAGGACGAGGUGGAUGAAGAGGAGUCUGAGGAGGAGGAAGAACCUGAAGAGGAGGAGGAACCUGAAGAGGAGGAGGAGGAAGAGGAAGAGGGGGAGGAGGAUGAAAAUUCUGAGGCUCAGAGAGCAGCAGCUAGAAGUCUAAGAGGGAACCAGAGUAAAUCUGGACGGGUCAACACGCGUAACCAGGGCCGCAGAACAGUUGUUUACCAGGACGAUUCAGAGGAUGAUGGCCAUGGAUCGAAGGAGGACCCUCUCAACUUGGGCAUGUCCCGCUCAGGACGGGUACGCCGUAUGACAGAAAAAGCCCGUGUCAGCCACCUUAUGGGCUGGAGUCACUGACACCCCCUUUCAAACCUCAAUAAAAAAAAAAAAAAAAACUUUAAACACGAAUAAUACAUCAGGGAUUUUUUUUUCUUUCUUUUUGUAUAAGUGUGUAUAUAAUGGAAUAAAUAUAUAUGAUUUUCUUUACCCAAGACUGCUUAUAAAACUCAAACUGAUAGCUGGUGCUCAUGAACUGUUGCCUUGGAUUUUUUUUUCCUGGCCGACAAAGCUACUGUUCAGCACAGACCCUUUCCAAUUAGACUAACUCACCUCGGCCUUACUACUCAUUGGAGGAGCCUUUUUUUGACCUGACACUGCUCUCCUCAUCCUGAACGUUUUACAUCUACUGCUGAAACACUACAUGUACCCCUCUUCCCCUCCUAAAACUUCACAUACUGAUCACCAAAGAAGGAUGCACAGAUGCCAAAAAUUGGUGCUCAUAUUUAUCCCCUUUUUUAAGGAUAUUUUUUUUCUAAAAUCAAAUGAAAUUUAGACUUUAGUGGUUGCUUGUUCAGUCGCAACCACUGUGAGAUACACGCAUUAUCGCUUGUCAAAUUCUUUUGGAUAUUUUGCUGUUAUCUCACAAGUAUUAAAAAACUGAUGUGUAGUGUUGUCUGGGGAUUAGCAAUACUGGGUGAAAGUCAGUAGAAUACAGUACAUUAGUAAUAUCCUGCUUGAUGUCCUUUGUCUAUGAAUGUUAAAUGCUUUUCCCUUUUCCUUUUUUUUUUUUUUUUUUUUAAAGCCUUCAGAUCUAUUUUUAGGUGAAAUUGGGUGCUUUCCUUUUUGUAGUUAAGGGUAAAAGUGAUUUCUAUUUUGUUUUCUGGGUGAAUAACCACUGCAUCCUCGUGGUAUGUGUAGUAUUGUACUCCCUGACAUCCGUUCAUAGUUGCUUCCUUGACUCCUUCAUGCGGCACAUGCGAAAGCAAAAGGGUCUUCAUAUAACUCUUCCAUAGAAGUAUUUAUUUUUCCAUUGUUUUUUUUGUUUUUUUACUUUAUUUUGAAUGUUAAUAGUGAUAAGGAAAAGGAGAUAUUUGCACAUUUGUCUACUCUAUGUGGCAGCUGAAUAAUAAAGAUGAUAGUGGUAUAAGAUAAAACCUCACGAUUUUUGAGUGGGGUUUCAAAAUGUGCCAGGUGAGCACACUUUGAGGUUUAAAAAAAAGUUAGAAUAGUGAGAUUGCAUAUUACUCUUCUAUUUCAAGAUGUGUAUGAAUAAGGUGAGGGUCUCAUAUGAUUUGUGCUUUUCAUUAUGCAUAAUGAAAAAGAAGAAAAUGUGCCGCUUCCUUGUCUGUGCGCUUAUGAACUGAUGUGUUUCUAACACUGGGUAGAUCGACUGCACCCAUGAGGCUGUUUUUAUCCCCACUCAUCUUUUUCUUUUUUCUUUUUUUUUCCAUAUAUUUCCAUUACCUGUGACCAUGUUGUCAUAUUUUCGUCUUUAUGGAUAUGAAAUCACACAAGGUGUCUCCCAUGCAGAGAGUGCUUUUUUUUUUCUUUUUCUUUAAUGUUGCACAGAUAAUGUUUACAUAAAAUCUUGUGCUGUCGUGCAAACAUUGUGCUAAAACCAUUUGAGGCAGAAUCCGUGCAGGAGAUGACCAGAGUUGAUGACUCACGUUGUCGUUUUAGCACCAGGUGCUUGAGUCCACACACACCACCUCCUCAUCCCUCUGUGUGAUAAGUAACAUAAGGGAGUUUAUUUCACAGUUUAGUCUGUGUCAGGUUCUCACAAAUCAGCAUCAACAUGUAGGGUGUCAGCAGCAGCAUUAACUGGUGUUUUGAGAAAACUAUGAUAGCAUUGAGAUGAUUAAUCUUAUUUUCAUUUUCAUGCUUAGUCUUGCCUCAAAGGAUCUGCUUAGAUAAGUACAGCUUUCUACAGUAGAUGGGAAAAGCUUACAAGAUUUUUAUACAAAAUGUUUUUAUUGUAUGUGUUUGGGUUUUUUUUUUCCAAAUAAAAAUUUGAAUUUC